CCCGUUGGAAUUCGUCUUCACCGAACGCACAGAAAAGAGAUUAAAUAAAAUAUCAACAACAAAAAAACAAAGAGAGAAAAGAUUUCUAAAAAAGAGGAAGCAGAACGGUUACCAUUUCCGAUUUCCCACACCAAGAGAACGCCGCCGUACCACACUCCUAAAUCUCUACUCUCAACGCAUGUAAUCCCCAAACUCUUCAACAAUGAUUUCCUCCAAGAGGCCAAGAACAUGCCGUAAUUUCACCGUAGAUUCUGAUCUAUUCGAUGUCUUGCCCGACGAUCUCCUUAUACAUCUCCUCUCUCGCCUUGCCGCCUCCGCCUCCUCCCCUUCUGACCUCCUCAACCUUCUCUUGACAUGUAAGAGGUUGAAUCGCUUGGUUCUUAAUCCUAUGGUUUUGUGUAAAGCCGGACCGAAGGCGUUCGCAGUAAGAAUGCGAAACUGGUCUGAUUCCGCUCACCGAUUUCUGAAACGCUGCGUCGAUGCCGGUAAUUCGGAAGCGAGUUACACGCUUGGAAUGAUCCGAUUUUAUUGUUUGAGGAAUCGAGGGAGUGGAGCUUCCUUAAUGGCGAAAGCAGCGAUUAAAUCUCACGCUCCGGCGCUAUACUCACUCGCCGUCAUUCAAUUCAACGGCAGCGGUGGGUCUAAAAGCGACAAGGAUCUUCAGGCAGGCGUAGCGCUCUGUGCUCGAGCCGCUUUUCUAGGUCAUGUGGACGCACUUCGCGAACUCGGCCACUGCCUUCAAGAUGGUUACGGUGUGAGACAGAACUCCGACGAAGGCCGCCGCCUCCUCGUCCAAGCCAACGCCCGUGAGCUUGCUACGGUUUUACUCUCUUCCUCGAGUACAUGGCAACAACAGCGACACAACCAGUCCGGCAACCUCCCUGAUUUGACAGCGACUCGUUGUUCGUUGCUGAGUGAUUUCGGUUGUAACGUUCCAGCACCAGAGCCACAUCCGGUGAACCUGUUUUUGAGAGAGUGGUUCGAGUCGGAAGGUGAAGUGGCAGCGCGUGUGGGUCUGAGACUUUGUUCGCACAGUGGAUGCGGUCGGGGUGAGACUCGGCCGCACGAGUUCCGACGGUGCUCAGUUUGUGGGACAGUAAAUUACUGUUCAAGAGGAUGCCAAGCGCAGGAUUGGAAAGUCCGGCAUAAAGAAGAGUGUACGACGGUGCAGCGGUGGCGGGAUGAGGAUGCUAACAAUGCCGGCGAGAUGUUUGGUAUUGUUGAAGAAGAAGUUGAGGACGCCAACAAUAUCGUGGGUAUUGUAUAAUCGUAACGGCGCUGUAAUUUUGUCUAUUUAUGGAGAUAGAUAAUACUUUUUCUAAUCUUUUAAUUUUGAGUUUUGUUUUAACGAUUUCCUCUUUUUAACUUCGAUCCACGUUUAUUUAUUCUAUUCACCUAAUUACUACCUUA